UUCAAUGGCGACUCUUUUUGCUGCUCCAUAUAAUAAUAAUAAUAAUUCUUUAUGUUUUCAGAAACGGACUAUUCUUAGGAUCCCUUCUUAUUCAUCACAACCUCUGUUUCAAAAACCUUCCUCAAAAACAACAACUACUCGAACCAGAAGAACCCUCAAUUUGUUAAUCAAAGCUGAAGCCGGCGGGAGAGAAAACAAACAACCAUCAUCAUCAUCUUCAUAUGUUUCUGAGGAACCAACUCCUGAAAGUCAGGAGGAGGAAGAGGAGGAGCAGGAGAGUGAUAAUAAACAGCAAGAAGUGGAUUGGAAAACCGAUGAUGAGUUCAAGAAUUUUAUGGGUAAUCCAUCUAUCGAAGCUGCAAUAAAGCUUGAGAAGAAAAGGGCUGAUAGAAAGCUCAAGGAGUUGGAUAGGGAAACUAGCAGUAACCCAAUUCUGGGUUUGUUCAACAGAUUCGUUCGUGACAGUUUGACCAGAGAGAAGGAGAUUUUGGAUCAAGUAGAAAAGACAUUCAAGGCUCUUGAUCUCAAUAAGUUGAAGGGGUGUUUUGGGUUUGAUAGCUUCUUUGCGACAGAUGUGAGAAGAUUCGGGGAUGGUGGGAUCUUCAUUGGAAACUUGAGAAAGCCAGUGGAAGAAGUAAUACCUAAAUUGGAGAAGAAACUAUCAGAAGCAGCGGGGAGGGAGGUUGUACUAUGGUUUAUGGAAGAAAAAUAUUCAAACGACAUUACAAAACAGGUUUGUAUGGUGCAACCCAAAGUAGAAAUUGAUCUUCAAUUCGAGUCAACCAAGUUAAGUACGCCAUUGGGUUACUUAAGUGCAGUGGCACUGUGUGUUACAACGUUUGGGACAAUUGCUCUAAUGAGUGGCUUCUUCUUGAUCAAACCUGAUGCCACCACUACUUUUGAUCAUGAUUACAUAUCUGAAGUUGCCCCUCUGUUUAUCGGCUUCCUUUCGAUUUUGGGAGUUUCAGAGAUAGCCACAAGAGUAACAGCUGGAUUGUAUGGAGUGAAACUCAGUCCAUCUUUUCUUGUUCCAUCAAACUGGACUGGAUGUUUGGGAGUUAUGAAUAAUUAUGAAUCAUUACUUCCAAACAAGAAGGCACUUUUCGAUAUCCCAUUUGCUCGAACAGCUAGUGCUUACCUAACCUCACUUGCACUUGCAAUAACUGCAUUUCUGGUUGAUGGUAACACCUUCAAUGGAGGGGACAAUGCAUUGUAUAUACGGCCUGAAUUCUUUUAUAACAAUCCUCUGCUAUCCUUGAUUCAAUUUGUCAUUGGACCAUAUACGGAUGAUUUGGGUAACGUUUUACCUAAUGCGAUUGAAGGGGUUGGAGUACCUGUUGAUCCUCUUGCUUUUGCUGGUUUAUUAGGAAUGGUGGUGACUUCUUUAAACUUGUUGCCUUGUGGAAGACUUGAAGGAGGGAGGAUUGCGCAGGCAAUGUUUGGGAGGAACACGGCAAGCCUGUUAUCUGUAUUGACAUCUUUCUUCUUGCUCGGAAUUGGAGGUCUAAUAAGCGGGAGCAUCCUCUGUCUGGCAUGGGGUCUCUUUGCUACGUUCUUCCGAGGAGGGGAGGAAAUACCUGCACAGGAUGAGAUUACUCCUCUUGGAGAUGAUCGAUACAAAUGGGGACUCGUUCUUGGUUUCGUUUGCUUUCUCACCUUACUUCCCAAUGGAGGAGGAACAUUCUCCACUUCAUUUUUCACUGAUCCUUUCUUCAGAGUUCGGUGAAAGUCUUUCUUUUUGAAUG